CGAUGGCGCUGGCUGCGACCGUAACCCGGAGAAAGACCCGACUCCCUCUUCUCCUCUGCUCUCUUCUCGUAAGCCCUCCUCCUCGCCCCUCUCCAACGCUCCGACCUCGUUCUCCCGCGCCCUCUGCCCUCUCCUUCUCCGCUUUCGCGUCACCCUCGCCUCGCCUCCCACCCUUUGGCGCCCAGCCCCAAAGCCCCCUCCUUUCCUCCCUCCGUCCCUCGGCCGACCCCGAUUCCAGCGAUUUCGAGUCCGAUUCCGACCAGCCUAAGACCCCCGUCGACGAAUCCGACCUCCAGGGCUUCUUCCAACUGCUCUCCCAGGCGAAAUCACUGUCAUCCUCGCCCAAGGAGGCCUUGGCGUUCCUCCGGGCCUCCUCCGGCGUCAAGUUCACCAGGGAUUUGGUCUGCAGGGCGCUAUGGGAUCUGAGGUGGGACUGGGAGUCCGCGCUCCUUGCCUUGCGGUGGGCCGAAGAGCAUGUCCUGGGUUGCCCGUGGGCUUGGCAUCUGAUGCUCUGGGUGCUGGGCAAGCAGGGGCGAUUCGACCUUGCGUGGUGGCUGGUGCGCCGGUUGUACCGGAAAUCGAUUCUUACGCAGCGUGCGAUGGUCAUCAUGAUGGAAAGGUAUGCGGCUGCAAAUGAAGCUAGAAAAGCAAUAAAAACAUUCCAUGCCAUGGAGACAUUCAAAAUAGAUGCAGAUUCAGCAGCAUAUUAUGCCCUUCUUCAUGCUCUUUGCAAGAACAUGAAUGUUGAGGAGGCUGAGGAAUUUCUUCUUCUUAAUCGGAAAUUUUAUCCACUUAAAGCUGACAACUUUAAUGUAGUUCUGGAUGGCUGGUGCAAUAUCAUUGGUGACGUGGUAGAAGCAAAAAGAGUAUGGAGAGAAAUGUCAAAUUGUUGUAUUACACCGGACGGUACUAGUUACUCCCAUAUGAUUCGUUGCUUUUCAAAAGUUGGGAACCUCUUUGAUUCUUUAAGGCUUUAUGAUGAAAUGAAGAAGAGAGGUUGGGUUCCUGAUCUUCUGGUCUACAAUUCCCUUAUCUAUGUGCUGACAAAAGAAAAUUGCUUAAAGGAUGCGAACAAUAUCUUUGAAAGAAUUACAGAGGCUGGUCUGCAACCAAAUGCUGAAACAUACAACUCUAUGAUAUAUCCAUUAUGUGAAGCAUACAAGCUAGAGGAAGCUCGACGGUUUCUGGAUGAAAUGAUGGCGAAAGGUUUUCACCCGAACAUUGAUACUUACCAUGCGUUCAUAAAGGCAGAGGAUGUAGAAGGAACUUUAAAGAUGAUGAAUAAAAUGAAAAUUGUUGGUUGCGGCCCUAAUGGAUAUACUUUCCUCCUACUUUUUGAUAAGUUUUUCAGCCUCGAUAAAUCUGACAGUGCAUUGAGAAUGUGGAGUGAAAUGAAGAAGUACAAUGUUGUUCCCGGCUCUACCCACUAUAUGGCAUUGGUACAAGGGCUGGUAUCACGUGGCUGGAUUCCAAAAGCCUUAGAAUUUUACAAUGAAAUGAUAUCUAGGGGUUUUCCUGCUGAUGCUAAACUUGAGAAGCUCUUCAAGACCUUUAUGUCAAAGAACAAAAACCACUGGAGCAGAGGAGGCAAAGAAUAUAUUGUCUCACAGCAUGGAAGAUUUAACAGUAUGACAGGUACAAAAAUUCGUUAACUGAUCGCAUGGCACUUUUUUGCCACUUGAGGUGAAUCUGCCUAUUAUUGUGUUAUUGAAGAAGUGAAGAAUAGAAUUGUUCUCUGGUCUAGAUUGGCAUGAGGAAGUAGUUAUGAUGGAGAGAAGGCAGAAAUUAGCCCUAUUCUCUAGCAUGUCAGACAUAUUUGUUUGAGGUCAUCCUUAAGUUUUCACAUCUAGUCUGGUGGUCAGACCUUUUCAUUGUUGGUCGUCAUGAAAUGGAAUCCUCCAGUUGAAAGCCAUGAAAAAGUCCGACUAAUGGACUGCCCCGAUAUUUCCAUCUAUGAGGAUUAACAGGUGGUGGGCUAUGUUGAUGGCACUGAAUGCCAGGGUACCAAGCUGCAGUUGUUAUUAACAUCACUUCAUUUGCCAAAGCUGCAGGCAACACUCCCGACAGCUGUGGUACUUGCAAUUGGCAUGCUGAUGCCGCCAUUUCAGUACUGAAUGUCUGGUCCUUUGGGCACAUUGUUUGGCCAAAUUUUCAUACAUCAUAUGGAAGAAACUUAAUCUCCAAUUAAUUUCUAUGAGUGGUUCGGUCCAGAGCAAUGAGAAGAUUCAUGCUAAACUUGAGGAAGGUAUGAUGGUUUGAAUGAUGAAGGUUUGAAUGCAGAUUUUCUACUCUUUCAUCUUUGCAGUAGUGGAAAGGCAUAUGUAGCUUUCAGGUGUAUGAAUCACGUCAUGCACUAUAAGAAAAGGUGAAAAGUUGAUUCUUAGAUUAAAAAAGCUUCCUCAGUUCAUCGUAUUUUGUAAUAGAAAAAUAGUCAAUUCUUCUUCAAGGAGAAAUUACAGGAAGGAAGAUGUUGCAUAGUGGAGUAAUAUCUUUGUGGUCAAUUAUAAAUCCUCUACAUGAAUUUUUUACUGUUUAUUUUUGUUGUGGUCAAUGCUCAUGUAUGCAAUAGGAAAGGGCUCUUGCAUUUGCUCAUCUGCAAAUAGAAUUUUUGCUUGUGAAAUCUAAAAUUUCACGACUGUCGAAUUCUAUGGCCUGCCUUUGGCCUUUGCUUCAGAUGCUGUUGGACAGGCUUGCAUGCAUAUAUUUAUGUAUGUAUGUGUAUAUAUAAAUAAUUAUAAGUUUUAUUGAUUUUGUUAAGAAGA